AUGGAGUUCAUUCUCUCGUUGACGCACUUCUGUGAAGUGCAUGGUCCAACUUCGAUCAUCUGCUCACAGGUCCUGCCUUUUUCAUGCCCGCAAUGCCAUGAUGACUCUCCCCAGGGCACUCCUGUCUCACAGGAGUCCCGCUCCGACGACUCCCGAUCUCCAAAGUCCGGCUCCAAGUCGCCUCGGAUAGAGGAUUCUCCCUACUUCCUGCAGCACCCAGCCACCCCCGAGGAGAAAUCCAGCCGCAGCGGCGCAAAUGGAGACACCUGCGCCAGUUGCAGCCUGUCUCUGCCCGAAGAUGUGAGCCGGCAACUGCCACCAGGCGCCCCUGGCAGCCGCGACGCCAAAGGAAACAGCACCAGUCCCGUUCUGCGCUCGCGCGAGGUCGUCUACUCAUGCGGCAACAGCCAUUCCGACAUGGACGAUGAAACAGACUCUCACGCUCACGCCUCUCCUCCCGAAUCUCUACACUCCGCCUCCGUCGCCUCAGACGCCUCAUGUCACACCCACAUUCACACCUACCUCUCUCAGCGGGGGCCGCCGAAUCCGGCCAACUACGCUCUCCUCCGCCGAUCUUCCAUCCGCACCCUCAGCUGCGAACUCCUUCCUCGCGGCCUCUCCUCCGGCCCCAUCUGUUUCGGCGAUGGCGUGGCCGGCUACACAAUCGCAUACAUUUUCCGACUCCCGGACCCGAUGGCCCGUGGCAAGCGUCGCAGUUACGCAUUGGUGGCUCUAGCCGGACGUGAUGCCGGAAGAGCUUUCCGCGCCUGCCCCAUCAUCUGGCGGGCCUUCGGUCGUAUCGCUGCCAGCAUCGUGAAUGCCGCCGAGCGUUUCCAGGAAGACGAAAAGACCCGUGAUGAACAGAACAACCCGGGCAGACAGCCCGGCCGCCAAUACCCACCCGUUUCCUCCUUCCUCACUGGCCGUGGUAUGGACCCGGCUGGUCGCCGCGCGGCAGGCCAAAUCCGUGCUCGCAAUCUCGCUGAAAUUGUCGGCAACGAAUACAUCUUUACCGAACUGCAUGCUCAUUUCGUCGCACUUCUACAGCAACUGGGCACCAUGUUUGGCGGCAUUCCUCUGAAUGAGGAGCGUUUCGUCUGUAGCACCGUCGGUGAUGAAGAAAACACCAACGACGCUCAGCCGGUCUUGGUCUCUAAGACGGGACCCCCGAAAGACGGUCAGAAGUUCGACGACGAAGAAAUCGAUUUGUCAAGCCUCGAAAUCUCCGCUGGGCCGAAGGCUAUUCCCAUUGCGCCUCGCCAACCGGUCAUGGCAUGA